AUGGGCCCAGAUGAUGACCCGGAGGCCUUCUUGGUCACUUUUGAGCGGGUGGCCCUCGUGGCGGGAUGGGCAAGAGACCAGUGGGCCACCUUGCUCGCCCCCUAUUUGACUGGGCCGGCCCAAGCAGCCUACCGGGGGCUGGUGACCGAAGAAGCCCGCGACUACGACCGCGUGAAGGCCGCAGUCCUAGACGCUUUGGACAUUAGCCCGGAGACGUUUCGGCAGCGAUUCAGGCGCCAUACCUACCCGGCGGGAGCCCGUCCCCGGAUGGUGGCCCAGACCCUGAAGGAAGCCUGCCGUCGGUGGCUGCAGCCAGACUUUAUUCACACCAUACCGGCCAAAGGUAGGGCCUGGGUACUCCGCCACCGACCGACGACCUUAGCAGAGGCCGUCGCGCUCCUGGAAGGCUUCCUGGCUGCUGAAGCCUCGAUAGGGCCCGCCUUCCGGCCACCUACCUCGGGGCCCGAACGACCCCGAGACGAGAAGAGGGCGUCGAACGUGCCCCACCCACGAGGCCCGGACCCCGGGCCGGGACCCCGACAGGGAACCGCGACUCCACGCUGGGAAGCAACCCCCCAGCGGACUACCCCGGCCUUCACCCAGGGAGCGCCUAAGGUCCGGCGGAGCCCCCCCCGAAGUGCCAGAACAAGCCUUCCCCGGAGUGGACGCCCUGAGCUCGGUCCCUGCUUUAGAUGUGGGAAAGCCGGACAUGUACAACGAGACUGUCCCGAGAUGGACUGCAGUUUCGGGCAGGUUUACGUAGGGGCCGGCCGGGCCCGCCGGGCGGGGCCCCCCCAGCUGAUAAUCCCGGUAAUGGUUGAGAACCAGACCACACAGGCCCUGAUCGAUUCAGGGUGCGGCCAGACCUUGGUCCGCCAAUCUCUGGGACCACCGGCCGACCCCCGUCUGACGCCGAUACAGUUACAAUGCAUCCACGGAGAUGUCCGACCUUACCCGAGUGCCUGGGCCCAGCUAACGGUGGGAGGCACUACCCGGAGGCUAGUCGUCGGCCUGGCGCCCGGACUGGCCUAUCCUGUGAUUCUGGGGCGAGACUGGCCCUUAUUCGAAGAGGUCCUCCGGGCAACGCCGGGCUUGGCCGCUGAACCCCGGGAACCCCCGCCAGCGGCGGGGCAGGCCGGUGCGGAGAGUGAGGGAGAGGACCAAGGAGGUCAGAGGCCGCUGGAACAAACUCCCUCAGCACCUCGCUUCGAUACGGACUUUUGCCGCGACCAGCGAUCAGACCCGACGCUUAGCCGGGCCUAUCAACAACUUGCGGCCGUCGACGGCUCCGUGGUAGAUUCUCAUCGGGCCACGCAGUGGCCUCAUUUCGAGCUCCGGCGAGAUAGGCUCUACCGCAUCGAUCGAGACCCACGCACCCGUGAACCCUUGACGCAAUUGUUGGUACCCCGCUGUCACCGCAGGGCCGUGAUGCAGUUGGCCCACGAUGUGCCCGCCGCCGGGCAUCUGGGGCAAGAGAAGACCCUCGCCCGAAUCCUGACGCGGUUCUUUUGGCCUGGUAUUCAUCAAGAGGUGAAGCAAUAUUGUACCUCCUGUCCUGAGUGUCAGCUGGCCGCACCGCCUCGGGUAUCCAAGGCCCCCUUGGUCCCCAUGCCAGUCAUCGAGACCCCCUUUGAGCGGGUCGCCAUGGACCUGAUAGGUCCGCUUCCCCGAAGCGCGGCCGGCUUCCAGUAUGUCCUCGUCCUUGUGGACUACGCCUCCCGCUUCCCCGAGGCCGUCCCCCUGCGGAGCAUCACCGCCCGGACCAUUGCGGGGGAACUGAUGAAGAUAUUUUCCCGAGUAGGGUUGCCUAGGGAGAUCCUAACAGACCAGGGCACUAACUUCACGUCCCGGCUGCUCCAACAGGUCUGCAAGCUCCUGGGGGUGAAACAGCUGCGUACGUCAGUGUACCACCCACAGACCGACGGGCUGGUAGAGCGGUUCAACCGCACCCUUAAGGACAUGCUAAAAAAAUUUCCCCCUGAGGAAUUGCGGCACUGGGACCAGUUCCUACCACCCCUGCUUCUGGCCAUCCGGGAGGUUCCGCAAGCCUCAACUAAGUUCUCCCCCUUUGAACUGUUGUACGGGCGGAGGCCCCGCGGACUUUUAGAUUUGAUGCGGGAGACCUGGGAGGAGUCGGCCUCCCCAACCCAGGGCCUCCUCCAGUACGUCCACCAAUUACGGGAAUACCUGACCCAGGCCGGGACAGUAGCCCGGGAGAAUUUGCGGGCCGCCCAGGCGAAGCAGGAGCGGAACUAUAACCAGGAGGUCAGGGCCCGGACGUUCGCUCCUGGGGACCGGGUCCUACUGCUCCUUCCCUCCAGCGAGUCGAAGCUGUUGGCCCGUUGGCAGGGGCCCUAUGAGGUGGUGCGGCAAGUGGGACCCGUGACAUACGAAAUCCGCCAACCCGACCGACGGAAGAAGCUCCAGAUCUACCACGUUAAUCUGCUAAAGCCAUGGUGUGACCGAGAGGGCCUACUGAUCGACCCUUGCCCGCCCGAGCCCGAGCUGGGUCCGGACACGGCUGAGACGAAGGGCGUGGAGGAACCCCCGAUAGGCCCCUCGCUCACGGCAGAGCAGCGUAAGCAGGCUACAUGUCUCCUGCAGGCUUUCCAAAAAACCUUCACGGCCGCCCCAGGUUAUACAACCCGGGCCUGUCACACAAUUCUGACCGAGCCAGGGAAAACGAUCAGAGAAACCACCCGGCCUUUGCCGUACCGGAUGCGACAGGAGGUAGAAGAAGAAGUCCGAACCAUGUUAGCCUUGGGGGUCAUCGAGCCCUCCUGCAGUGAAUGGCGCAGCCCGGUGGUGCUGGUCCCCAAACCGGACGGUACGCGUCGAUUCUGUAUAGACUUCCGUCGGGUAAACGCCAUCUCGCGGUUUGACGCCUAUCCGAUGCCCAGGGUGGAUGAGCUCCUGGGCCGCCUGGGGGAAGCCCAAUUUAUCACCACCCUGGACCUGAGCAAAGGGUAUUGGCAGAUCCCCCUCGACGAAGCGUCCAAAGAAAAAACGGCCUUUGCUACCCCCUCAGGCCUUUAUCAAUUUAAUCGGAUGCCGUUCGGCCUCCAUGGGGCCCCUGCGACCUUCCAGCGGUUGAUGGACCACCUCUUGCGGCCUCACCAGGAGUAUGCGGCCGCCUACUUGGAUGAUGUGGUAAUCUACAGCCGCCACUGGGAAGAUCACCUCAACCGGGUCGCCGCGGUCCUACGAACCUUGCGGGAGGCGGGGUUGACCGCCAACCCUAAGAAAUGUAGGAUCGCAUGGCAGGAGACCACCUAUCUGGGCUACACGGUGGGAGGAGGACGAAUCAGACCCCUGGUAGGCAAGGUACAGGCCCUUGCGGACUGUCCCACGCCCACGACGAAGCGUCAAGUGCGGCAGUUCCUGGGGCUCGCCGGGUAUUACCGGCGGUUUAUUCCGCAGUUUGCCUCAAUUGCCGCACCCCUAACUGAGCUCCUCAAGAAAAAUAGUCCCCGACAGGUGCGCUGGACGGCCGAGUGCGAGGUGGCCUUCCAGACCCUGAAGGACCGCCUUUGCCAGGAACCAGUCCUGUACAGCCCGGACUUCGACAAGCCGUUUAUUCUACAGACAGACGCGUCUAAGACCGGCGUCGGGGCGGUCCUGUCGCAGGAUAUGGAGGGGGGGGAUCAUCCCGUGAUAUACCUCAGCCGGAAGCUAUUCCCCCGCGAGCGCAACUAUUCCGUGAUCGAGAAAGAAGCCCUAGCGGUGAAGUGGGCCUGUGACGCCCUCCGAUUCUUCCUCCUGGGUGCCCCCUUCACCCUCGUCACGGACCAUGCACCCCUCCAAUGGUUGAUGAGGAUG